AUGAGACCUUUAUCAUGGAUUCUGGAUGCUCUUGUGUUUUUGCAGUUUGAAGAGCAAAAAGGUCACGUCUCUGAGGAGCAAGUUAUGCGUGUGAUGAUGAAGAAACUGAAGAAUCAAUUGGCAAAAGUGGAUGCUGCAGAUGAAGCAGGGAAGAAGCCACCAGAGGUAUUAGUGUUCCAAAGCCAAUUAUUGGAGAAGUACUUGUGA